UGUGAAGGUUUCCUAACUCAUAUAACCAGCCCGAGAGGAGCCAUUUUUAGGCUCAGACUUCUGGAUAAACUGAUCCUUGAUAUAAUAUAAUCCUAAUUCAUGUUGACCCAAUCAUUCAUGCUUGGUAUCACACAAUCAGUUCUCGUGAACUGGUCUAUAAGGUUACAUUUGAUUUUUGGUCUAGUAAGUUAUAGUAUAAGAAUGCAUAUUGAGUUGAAUAUAAAAUUUAGGCCAAAAGCCAAGCAAUGGGACCUAUGUGGUCAUUCAGCACUGAAAUGGAAAUUGACAGUAAAAGGUUUGAAAGGUGUAACAGGAGGAAAACCUUGCAGUUGCACUAUGAGUCAAGUGUUAGGAGAGGGUGGAAAGUAAGAUGAAGAAAGAGAAUAUGAAAAGAAUAUGAAAGGAGGUACAGAAAAAGGAACUAAAGUGGUUGCAGCUAGGGGCAGAAGGCACGCUGCAAAGAACCGUAAGUAAUGCCUACGGGUAAGAGUAUGUAUUGGUAGACUUGGUACUUUUUAUGAUGAAUUUUAUAUCCAUUGAUUGCAAUUAGGGUUGUGGAACGAAAAAACAAGCGUGUUUUUUUUUUGGAAAAGAAAUUUUUCACAAAAAAAACAGCCUGAAAAAAAAGUCAAUUUUUUUUUUUCAAUUUUCUGCAUUGUUCCACAUUCUGUUGCUUCCUAAGCCACACACAAUGUCUAACUGUCCAUAUAUUAUCCAUAAUAUACACACAUAAUUAUUCCCUGUAAUUUAUUAUGCAUCUGGGUAUUAUUGAAAUUUAAAAAAUUAUUACAUGUAUAUUAGAUCUUGUUUGGCUAGGGGAAUAAGACACCGUACUGUCUGUACUGUACGUAGCACAUUCAUUCAUGCUAAUGUUAUUUUGACAAAGAUACUCUAAGCUUGGGUAACAAAGCAAUUUAGCACAAGAAAGAAAAAUCUUUGUAAAAAUAGGAAUUAUGAUAUUAGAAAAAUUCACCUCAACCAUAUGAGAUUGAGUUUUAUGAGUACCAUAAAUUAGUAACAUAAAUCACAUUUGAUCAUUAGUAUAUUCAAUUAUCAAACAUGUACUACUGCAAUUUCUUAAUAAUAUCUUAAACCCAUAUUAGAAGCUAAAUCUAAAGAUUUUCAAUGCUUGAAGAGUUCAAGAUAGGAAGAGAGGUAAGUAAACCGUAUGAAGGGCAAUAGCUCCUUAUAAAUAUGUAUGGUACAUGUACUUUUAAGUAUUAAACAUGUUAAAUUGUUACUUGUAUGGAACUUGUAUUAAUGAGAUCGGUUCCAGAACCAAAGUAAAUGUGCAUUACAUUUACAUAUCAGCAUAUAUAGUUAAAACAUGAAGUAAUGGUAGCAGUUGUUUCUUGUAACUUGGGUGCACUAGGAAUUUAGGACAAGCAGAGAGGUGUGACCAUGUGAAAACCAUAUGAAAGUCAAAAACCCAGUAAGUAAUUUAUUUAGCAACAGUCUUGCUGCUCUGUAUCAAACAUGUUCAAAGUGAACUUGUACCGUACUGGUAUCAUUAAGGGACCAGAGGCAGAGUAAAUGGGAUUGGGUGCAUCACAUAGCAGAGCUAGUAGUUGUGCUUGAGGAGUGUGGAAGGUUAAUGUGUUUGGUAUAAGAGAUGAUAACUGUGAUAUGUUAAAGAAAUUACAGUUCCAGAGAUAUUCUGUGACCAGUAAAAGAAAUAUGUGAGCUUUGCUUAUUAUUUGAAAACAUUCCAUUCUUUUUUUUCUGGGCUCAGUUCAUGUCGCUUCGUGAAAUAAUCCCUUAAGUUCAUUAUUUCUAGGUAAAUAAUACUAACAUUACCAGAGAAAAAAUAAAAAUAGGGGGAUGUCAGAAUAACUGACUCGCUCACCCUAAAUAAAAAGAGGGUGUCGGUAUGUAGCUGGGGCGAGUGAGACCACUACCAUGAACCUCUUGCCAUUUAGAACUCUCCUACAUCAAAAUCCCCCUCCAGAGAGAGCUGAUACACGGCCGGCGCCGUCAACUACUACCACUCUACCUACGAGGCCAACCGCAGCGCUCCUGGUGCACAUUCUUUUCGUUAGCGAACUUCUGAACGCACAUGCUACUCUUUGCUCUGUUUUUUUGGGUGCUUUCUUUGGAUUAUCUUUAUCAUGGAACUGCAAGCUAUCUCCGCAGCUAAGUUAAGUACCCCAAAAGGUUAUACACUUCCUUUUUUGUCAGCCAGGAGCUAUUUUUACCGUUUUUCAGGUCCGAUAAUAGUCUUCUGGUCUGGCGCAUGGCUUGUCUUGCCGGCUCGCCUCAUGUCGGGUAGCUACCUCGGUCUCCCAUACCGUGGUAUCUAUUCCGUAUGUAUAUUUACUUUUAUAUGAGUUAUUCUCACGUGGUACAGAAGUUCCCAUUUAUUCUAUUGCUUUACAUCGUACUAUUCGGAAAUCCUUUGCCUGUGCCUUAGAUUAGUGUUCAUGCAUGCAUGUCCCUUUGUCUAGGUGUUUAGGCGUGUGGGUAUUUAUGAAUACACUUCUAUGUUAUUCCUUAGUCCAGCCAUCCUGGCCGUCGCCCUCCUUUCCUCGUCGGCAGAGGCCAGCUCUUGAGUAGUUUGCUUGUUUUCUUUCGGGGAAACUAGCCUACUUCUCCUGGACGUCCCUCUUUCUCUCCCACUAGUGAUUUCCUUUCUCUUUUUUUAUUACGAUGUAUUUAUUUGUGGGUUGCAUGUGAGGGCAAUCAGUUUGGCCUAGGCUAGUUUUGUUGUAUUAUCGCCUUGUGGUCCACUUGCGCUCGAGUGGUCAGCUCGACCUAGGCUAUGUUUUGUUGCAUUAUCGCCUCGUGGUCCACCUGCGCUCGCGUCGAGCCACUGAUCGCCCUAGUCCCUGUCCCCCCUUCCCUUCCUCCCACGCAGAGGGAGGGUUAGUCCUCGCUCGCUCACGAUCGCCAUGGCGACCAUCCGGGCACCCCUCUUUCUCCCUAUCAGGGAGGAUACAGGAGUUACGGACUUUUGGGGGGUCCUGUCGGAUCGGUCUUGUUUUCUUUGAGCUUCGGGGAGGUCCCGGUGUGUUCGGGUGGGGUUGGCCACCCCACCAGCUCGCAUCGGUUCUUCUCCGGCGUUCUGCCUUACUCUCCGGUUCCCCUCUCCCCCCCCUUUACCUUUAGAUGUAUAGCUGUCUCCGCCAGCUAUUCGGGGGGAGGGGGAAUUUGGUAUAGACCUUACAUGCUUCCCCUGUUUGUGACCGUAGUCUCUUUUGUUUUCUGUCGGGACACUCGCUUACCAUCCGGGCAUUCCGUGGGUUGGCGGAAGAGUCAUACGCCGGAGCUAAGCUCCUAUUAUAUUCUUAAUUGUUUAUUUAGUUUUAAUUUAUGGAUAAUCUUCUCACGUGGCUUGAUGGAAAUCUUCGCUCCGGUGUGUACCAGAGUUUUUCAACCAGUUUACCGGGUCCACGAACUCCCUCACACGGAUUACAGGAGAGGAUUAUGCCCAAAAAUUUUAUUCUACUCCGGCAUGCAGCGGAGCAUCAUAUGAGUAGUCCUGUGAUACUUAUGUAUCUGUUCACCUACAGGCUACCAACUGUCAGGAGGCUGGCUGUAACGCCAUCCUUCAGGACCCCUGUGGGCACGAGGUCUGCAGGACCCACGCUCCCUGCGCCGUAUGUCACAAGGAUCUCAUCGUGUGGCACCACGAAGCCUGCUCCAUCUGGUACGAGCUGGUGGAACAGUUUUCGGACGGAGUAAGUAUAUACCAGUGUAGGUAUAGUCAUUUCUGGAUAUAUACUAUCAGAAACAUCUGGUCCAAUACUGCUAUUGUUCAAUUAUCAGUCUUAUAUGUUAAUGAUACAUCUCCGGGGCUUUGUUAUAAGGACUACAAUGACCCUUUGUUUCAGGCUGCCGCCGUGAAGGACGCCGCGUCGGCCACCCUGAAAGCCUGGGUAGGUGGCUUCGGCAAAAACGCGCCGAAAGGACAGCCUUACAUCCUUGACAAGGGCAUGGCUGUCCGGAUUUCCCAGGCGGCAAGUCGACCGGCUACGUCGACCCCGCUGCGGCAGCUCCGACUAUUGCUGCCAUUCAACUCCAGGUGGAGCAGGCCUUGAUGGACGGGGGAGCUCCGGACAUCUCCGCAGACGUCGCGACGCUUGAUCUUAAUGUUGAACCAAUGACGGUAGGAGGUGAGUUGUUAGUUGAGGUAGGUUUGUUGGGCGCUCAAGGGCUUCCCUUGGGCGCUUCUGGAUCUUCUUCCCCUUUGGCUUCCUCUUCUUCUUUCCAAGGCUUCACGGAAUCAGAUAUUCCGGCCAAGACGUCUGCUGCCUCAGUUGUUCCCAAGGUGAAGGGACAACGAGAGCAGAAGACCCUAGAGAGGUCGUCUUCCAAGAAGACGUCGGCCUCUUCUUCUCGUAAGUCUCUGGCUCACCAUCCCGGAGCAGAGAAAGCGAAGACCUCUUCAUCUUUGCACUCUAAAGGGUCAAGAGGUAAAUCCUCUAAAGAGAAGGUCUGUGCUCCUGCCGAGCCAGCACCUUCCUCUUCUACCGGAGCUCGUCCGGAGACCCCUGCUGAGACCAGUACCUCUGGUCUAUUCGAUCUUGUAUCCUUUACAGCAGGGGUCAUGCAACAGGUGGGGAAUAUGGUGGGCACGAUGAUGAACACUAGGUUCGACGAGAUGCUCGCUCACAUCUCCACCUCGUUUGCUCAGUCCGGACAGUUGAUCCAGAACAUCUCGGAUCGGCUGACGGACCAGGAGAACCGGCUGGCUGGUCUCAGUCAGAACCCUCCAGCAGUGCUUCCUCUAGCAGGCACCGGAAUGCCUCCGAUGCCUGACUAUAACUCCCUUCCCCCUUUCGCCAUGAGCAAUCCUUGGAGGGUAGCAGCCUUUGCACCCUUCAAGGAUGGAAUGAUUUCCAUCCCGGACUGCGGAACUCGUCGUAUCGAGGGCUUCGAGUUCCAUCCCGCUGGCCUACAACCACCUUUUUUUGGUUACGCUAGGUUGACGGAAGCAGCUCUCAAUAGGGAAGAUAAGAUCCAUAAAGAGACUGUUAUCUACAGCCGGGAGCAGGCUCAGAGGGAAUGGGUGAGAUGCCUGGAAAAUUGGGAUUGUACUAAUACCAAGCUCCAGGCAUUCAAGAGCCCCUUCACAAUCUUUGCGACGGAGGAUGAGGCACCACUCCCCUUCACAACAAAGAUUGCUGAAGUGACCAUUCAGGCCGCAAUGAAGGUUGAACCUCUCCCUCAGCUGAGGGAGUCGGAUCCAACAUCCCCACUCUUCCCAGCCUUUGGGGACCUCUGGGCGGACCUUCCGGCAACCUUCACUGUUGGGAAACUCAAGCCAGACUGUGCCAUCGAUCAGUUUGGCAAGAGACUCCCAAGGUUGCCAGAUAACCUAAUCCAAGCCAAAUUCGAAGCAAGGACUAGGUUAGGGAGGACGCUUAACGCCUUGGUGAUGACAGAGGUUGCCGCCAUAACUUAUGGUUCGGAGCCUCUGUUUAAGCUCUUGGCAAAAGCUCAAACACAGACCGUACAGUCAGAUCUGUACGAGUUAGUAGUAGCAAGACGGAACUGCAGGAAACAUGUCCUGCAGGAAGCUACGAUUCGGCAUGAGCCAAAUAAGUUGCUGUCGUCCACAAUCUGGGGAGCUGACCUCUUCCCAGAAGCUGCUGUGAACGAAGUACAGCACGAGGCGACCAGGCUUAACCAGAGCCUUAAGAUUCGCUGGGGUCUUCCCACCAAAAGAAAGCAGGAAAGCACUCCUUCUAGCUCCAAAAAGUUAAAGAAACCUAGGAAGUUCCCGUCCUUCCAAUCACAGCAACAGCAACAAUUUGUGCAGGCAGUCCCGGUUUCACAACCUGUGCAACCGUCGACUUCAAAAGGUCAAAGUCAGCCCAUCCUCCUGUUGACUCCCCAAAGCCAGCCCUCGACCUCCUACGCUGUUUCCCCGGCUUUCAAUCCUGUAUUUGAAAGCCAGGCAUUCCAAGCCAUCAAUAGGUUUGCAAGGGGAAGCAGGGCUAGAGGUGCAUUUCGCCAGAGGGGUGGCAGAAGGGCAACCAACAGAGGCAAACACUUCCAUGGAGGACGUGGAGCACGUCCUGCACAGUAACAGCGAGAUCUCUCAGGUAGGAGAGAGGCUGUUUCUCUUCCGUCACAGAUGGGGAUUCAGCAGUUGGGCACAGAGUAUCAUGUCCAAAGGGCUGGGAUGGAGUUGGAUCAAAGGUCCUCCUCCAUCCAAAACAUUCCUUCAACCACCAACAGAGGAAUUGACAGAGUAUGCGCAAGAGCUCCUUCAGAAAGGAAUAGUGUCAAGAGUCAAACAUUUAAAGUUUCAAGGACGCUUGUUCAGCGUGCCAAAGAAAGGCUCAACAAAAUGAAGAAUAAUCUUAGACUUGUCCCAUCUAAACUUAUUCAUUCGUUGCGACAAGUUCAAAAUGCUGACAAUCUCGCAGGUGCGGACCUUACUUCCCCGUGGGGCCGUCACCACCUCUAUCGAUCUUACAGACGCAUACUAUCAUAUCCCAGUCGCUAGACACUUCCGCCCAUACCUAGGCUUCAAGUUGGGAGACCAGGCAUUCUCUUUCAAAGUGAUGCCCUUCGGGCUGAACGUAGCCCCCAGGGUCUUCACGAAAAUAGCGGAAGUAGUAGUCCAACAGCUGAGAUCACAAGGGAUGAUGGUAGUAGCGUACCUCGACGAUUGGCUCAUUUGGGCAGCAACUGUCGAGGAAUGCCUCAAAGCCACAGGCAAAGUAUUUCAAUUCCUGGAACAUCUAGGGUUCCAAAUAAACAAGACCAAGUCCAGGCUUAUGCCGGAUUCUCGUUUUCAGUGGCUCGGCAUUCAGUGGGACCUAAACUCCCACACUCUGUCAAUUCCGGUGGUCAAAAGGAAAGAAAUAGCCAAGUCAAUAAGGCAAUUCCUCAAAAGCAAACAAACGUCAAGGAGAAACCAGGAAAGGAUCCUAGGUUCCCUCCAAUUUGCAUCAGUGACAGACGUUCUGCUAAAAUCAAAACUGAAGGAUAUAAAUCGAGUUUGGCGCUCAAGAGCAAAUGUCAAAUCUCGAGACAAGUUGUCAGUAAUCCCGCCGAUUCUUCGUAAACGUCUCCGCCCCUGGGCGGUGACCAAGAACCUGUCCAAAUCAUUUCCUCUCUAGUUCCCUCCUCCGGCGUUGGUUAUCCAUACGGACGCCUCUCUGAGCAGGUGGGGAGGUUAUUCUCAGUUCAAGAAGGUUCAAGGAACUUGGUCACCUCAGUUCCGCCAGCUUCACAUAAACGUAUUGGAAGCAAUGGCAGUAUUCCUCACUCUGAAGAGGCUUCUACCAGCCAAGAAUUCCCAUAUAAAGCUGGUUUUGGACAGCGCAGUAGUGGUACACUGCAUCAACAGGGGAGGAUCCAAAUCAAAACAUGUGAACCAUGUCAUGAUAGCCAUCUUUUCUCUAACAACCAAGUACAAAUGGCAUCUAUCCUCCACCCACCUAGCGGGAGUAAGGAACAUGAUAGCAGACGCUCUGUCUCGGUCAGUUCCUCUAGAAUCGGAGUGGUCCCUGGACAGGCGCUCAUUCCAGUGGAUAUGCCAGAUGGUCCCAGGUCUCCAAGUAGAUCUUUUCGCAUCCCAAGCGAACCACAAGCUCCCUUGCUAUGUGGCCCCCAACCUGGACCCUCUGGCUUAUGCCAUAGACGCCAUGUCCAUAGAUUGGAAUCAAUGGAGGAAGAUAUACAUCUUUCCUCCAGUGAAUCUUUUGUUGAAAGUCCUGAGCAAACUCAGGACGUUCAAGGGACAAGUAGCUCUAGUAGCCCCGGACUGGCCCAAGAGCAACUGGUAUCCUCUGCUCCUGGAAUUGGGUCUCCAACCUCGAUGGAUUCCCAAUCCCAGGCUAUCCCAGUCAGUACAAAUGAGGACUGUGUUCGCUUCCUCAGGAAUUCUCAAAACCCUAACUUUAUGGACUUCAUGAAGUUUGCGGCUAAGAGAGAUGCAGAUAUUGAUCCCCAGAAUAUUCUUUUCUUAGAAUCAGAUAAGAGGGAAUCAACUUUACGUCAGUAUGAUGCUGCUGUAAAGAAACUGGCAAAUUUCCUGAAGGAAACAAACACCCGAACCAUGACAGUUAAUAUAGCUAUAUCCUUUAUCCUUUUUCAGCUAGCACUGUUACCACUAAUAAGUCAGCUUUAAAGAAAAUCUUCCAGUUUGGCUUUAAGAUAGACUUAACAGACUCUUACUUUACGUCUAUUCCUAAAGCCUGUGCUAGGCUCAGACCCUCAGAAAGGCCUAGUUCAGUCUCAUGGUUCUUGAAUGACGUUCUCAAACUGGCUUCAGAUACUGACAACGAUUCAUGUACUUAUCUAAUGCUACUGAGGAAAACUUUAUUUCUAUUAAGCUUGGCCUCAGGAGCCAAGAAUAUCAGAACUGUCAGCCCUUUCCAGAGAUGCUGGACAUGUAGAAUUCCUCCCUUCAGGAGAAGUCUUACUAUCACCAGAUCGUAGUUUUCUGGCAAAGAAUGAGGAUCCCUUAAUGAGAUGGGCCCCUUGGAAGGUCCUCCCUCUUCCACAAGACCUUUCUCUUUGUCCGGUGACGACCUUAAGAGCUUAUCUGUCCAGGACAUCUUCCACAUCCUCAGGCCCCCUCUUUAUGAGGGAAAAAGGUGGUACUAUUUCAAUAAAAGGGAUUAGACAACAAAUCCUAUACUUUAUCAAACAAGCUAAUCCCGAUUCAUUCCCUAAAGCCCAUGACAUCAGGGCAGUAGCCACCUCUAUUAAUUAUUUCCAGCAUAUGAAUUUCGAUGACUUGAAGAAGUACACGGGCUGGAAAUCGCAGACAGUUUUUAGACGUCAUUAUUUAAAGUCCUUGGAAUCUCUUAAAUUUCCAGCAGUGGCAGCGGGAAACAUUGUUUCCCCUGACACUGCACAUUAGUUGUAGUAGAAGAUCCAGAUCUCCUUUCUGCCUGCCUCACUAACAAUGCACCUAACCUUACCGUCAUGUUCAUUUGGGUUCCUCAGCCUUAGCUGCCUAAAGGCUACCUAUGGUGACGUGCCCCUUAGGAGGCUAAGAAAGGGUUGGAAAAGAGUGCAAAGGAUACUCUACUCUCAGAAGUUUUCUGGGACAAGAUUGCAGGAUAUCUUCAGUUACUAAAACCAGUGGCAACUGCAAUAACUAUGACUGAAGGUGAUGAUCAGUAUGUUUCAAUUGUCAUGAAGGUUUUUCAUGAAUUGCAUUUCCUUUGAUGAGCAGUUGCCAAACUCUCCAGUCCUCCGAAGUGAGGAAUCUCUCCUUAAAGAAGUUGUCUCCAAGAGAUGAGAGUGGCUUGUACAGAAAGUUCACCUGGCUGCUAACUUAUUGGACCCCCGUUAUAGAGGAUGUUACAUAAGUGAUGCAGAGGCAGUUGAUGCGAUCGAAUUGGCAUAUGAAGUAGCUUUAAGGAUGCCAAGUAUUAAUGAGAAAAAGGUUUUGGGAGAAUUAGCUGAGUUUAGGGCAAAGGAAAAAUUUAGUAAACCCUCCAUCUGGCAAAGUGUGGACCAGAGUAGCCCUACCUCAUGGUGGAAUGGUAUGUGCAGCCACACACAACUUUCAAAAGUGGCUACUGGAAUAUUAAAUUUGCCCCAACCAGUGCCUCUGUUGAACGGUCAUUCAGUCACCACUCACAUAUCCAUUCCUCUGAUUGCAACCGUCUAUCAACAGAUAGGGCUGCCAAACUUGUUAUAUGUUGGUCAUCAUUUGACAUUAGAUGAAAAACUUCAUCAAACUUCUACUCAGGCAAUGAUACUGAUUCAGACUAGAAAGUUUAACCUUUUUGAGAGGCAGUUUCAUUAAUAAUUAUGGGCAAAAGUUAUUUUGUUUCAAUGUAAACUGUCUACCUUUCUUUAAAGUCUUGUGAAAGAGAUGCAGGCUCAGCAUUUCUUUUUCCUGCAUCUCUCUAUCAAUAAUUGAAAAAGUUAUCAGUAUUGGCAAAAAUGGAUUUUUUUUUUCUACUUUAUACUGGCAGUGUGAUUUCAAAGAGCAUUUUCAGUUUAGUUUCUUUUUCUGUAGAAAUGUAUAGGCAGUCCCCGGGUUACAACAGGGGUUCCGUUCUUGAGCCGGAGCAUCGUGUAAAAUCCUAAGAAAACCUUACUUUUAAUGCUUUGGGUGCAUUCAAAACUAUGUAAACUGCAUCCUUAUUGCAUUUUUCUUUAAAAAAAACUUCAAAUAUUGAUUAUUUUGCAUUUUUGGUGUCAUAUUUCUUCUGCCAGAUCAGCGUUGUAGGCGCCAUAACCCUGGAAAUAAUUUCUAAUGAAUAUAAUUGAAAACGCCUUAACCUUGGAACGUCGUAAGCCGAAGCCGUCGUAACCCGGGGACUGCCUGUAUUUCUUUUCAUGGCUGAAGCAUCUAAUGAAGGUCUUGCUUUUGUUCUUUAUAGCUUAUUAUAAAUGACAUCCAUAAAAAAUUUAAAGCUUUAAGAAACCUUUUUGUGAGUGGAUACCUUGAUUUUAAAUGCUUCAUGUUCAGAUUUCAUUGAAUGACAAAAAUUAUCAUUUUUAUGUUAGGUCCUAUAGGCUAUAUUAUAAUGGCCACAUUAUAUCUAUACUACUUAUAUAUCUCUGUGCUGUAACUUCAAGAGCAUUUUUAAAUUUAAAUGUUCUUCAUUUCAUAGGGCUAUUUCAUUGUUUCACAUUUUGAUCUUAAAAGAAAAUUUUCAUCAAAAUUCAGCAAUAAAGGAAAGCAAAUAUCAUCACACUAAAAUAGCUAGCAAAAAUACCAUUAUAUUUUGAGACUAAGUGAAAUUCUUAGUAGUACUUCAUAUAUUUCAAGUUCUAAUUAUUAAUUAAAGAAGCAUUUUUACCCUCAAUAUCAUUAUUUUAAUGAUUCCUCUAAUCUAGAAGGAAGGUGGAAGUCUUAAAAAAUAUCAUAUGUCCAUAUUAAGUAUUAGCAGGAUCAUCAGAAAGAUCCAGAACAUGAAAAAUUGGGGGAAAAGGAAAAAACUUUUUUUUUCCUGAAUUUUUUUUUUUUUUUUUUUUUUUUACAACUUCAAUUGCAAUAAUUAUUAUCCAGACAUUUUGCCUAAAGUACCCUGUACUAAUAAUUUUUAUUUGUAAGUACUGCCUGCUUUGAAAUUUAAAGAACAGUUAAGUACUACAAGUUGUAUAAUGUAUGGAUUGUAUAACCAUGGAAUUACAGAAGUACUAAUUUCAAAUUCUGGUGAAGCAUAUACAGCAUACCAUAUAUGCCAGCGUAAGGCAUUUUAACCCUAAAAAAUCCCCCCCAAAAUGAAGGUCAUCUUAUACGCUGAAUAUAAAAAGCAAACCUAAAAUCCUGCCAAGAUUUUUAAUGAUAGGCUAAUCUCUGAAGUGUUAUAGUUGUGUCAGUAGUUACCUACCAUCACAGCUAUCAACACAAAAAAUACCUGUAAUAAUGGUAAAACUGUAGGUAAUUCGGGUGAAUCACUAGUGACACCAUUAUUGUAAAGCAAUAAUAUUAGACAAUUUUGUUAUUGAUACAUACUUAUUAUACAAUGCCCUUUUAACAUUGAUAAAUCAUUUUAAGUUUCAAGGGUAAAUCGGGGUAGUCUUAAGGCCCAUCGCUCAACGAACUCUACUCGAUGUGACGUCGGAAGCGGAGAAACAGCAGAUAAGUUUCUGACUUUUCCCACUUCUGACAUUACAUAAAGCAAAGUUUGUCAGGCAAAGCUCGACUGUGUGGACAUGGCUUAACGCUCUUGAUGCUGAAACAUACUCAAACGAAGGGUUUUGUGAUAUCAAUAGUUCCCCAAUUAUCAUUAAUAUCGGUGUCCUUUCCAGUUUAAAACUAAUACAUUUGUGGAUCCACUUCUAACCAGUAUUACUCAGCGACGUCACAGGCAUUGAAUAUUUGUUGUGGUUUAUAUUUUUCCUAAGGGAAUACAAAGUAGUAUUUUAUCAUGAUGGUGAGCUUUGCCAAAAAUUUUAACAGCUUCAAGAUAAUGACUUUACUCAUUUUUGGUAUAAUUCCAGUAAUUAUUGAUUUUAUUUAUGUACAAGCUAACUUGCAUCAGCUGAUAGUGUCAAUUUAAUAAAUUGGGGAUUGUCUUAUACGGCAAACAUACCUCUAAACCUACAUUUUGUGUGAAAUAUAAGUAAAAUAAAAUCAUCUGAUCAA